GUUCAGGCUUCUCUCACUCUACUCUCACAUUUUACUUUUAAAAUGCAAGACUCGACAAAGGAAUCCAUCUGGAAGGUUAUCGAUUUCUCCAAGCAGAUCUUGCACUGGGGUUUUGUUCCCUUUGUCAUUUACCUCGGCAUGACCCGUAGCAACCCCAGACCUUCUUUGCUCAAGCUCAUUAGCCCUCUUGCUUAAAGAAAGAGAGCCUUUAAAAAAAAAAAAACAGUUGUACAAAGUUUUUUUCUUCUUUACCGCACACACACACACACACACACAGCCGUUCUGUUAUAUACAUAUGAUAAUAUACACCUCCCUCGUCUCCCACCAAAAAGUUAACAACAACAACAAAAC